UGUUGCCUGUAUUAUAACCGCGACAGUUUUCCAAUGACGUUAUGUUUCAUUUAUAUGUUAGUUUUGCGUUUGGUCGGGCAGUAUGCCACUGUUCUUCAGUGUCAUUCGUAAAUGUUAAAUUUCAUAAUAAGCCGUAUGUGCUUGAUAACGCGUAUGUGAUCACUCAGUACCCUUUUAUUUCCAUCAUAAUUUUAACAGGACGGACACGGAACACAAAGUUAUGGAAUGAAAUUUCUACCACCAUUACCAUCAUACAAAUAUUAAUUAGUGAAACUUGUUUGGUGAGACACUGAACGUGCAAACGAAACUAACCUAACUUAAACAGUGAUGCUGAUGGGCGUAACCAUUUUUAGAUAAUUUGAUGUACGAUUCAGUGAGAUUAUGCAGGAUGGUUCGUGUGAUUGCUUUAAAACUGUAAUGAGUCAGUGAUCUCGAUAUGUAUUUAGGUCAUAAUGUCCACUGUGCCACUGAGGAGUCAUGAAUCUAUCAGAAACUAGGUGUCCUAUCUGAUUUAUAUACAGUAAUGGCACCGCCGAAAAGCGAUAAUUGGAUACGAAGAUUUAUCGUUUCAGAUCCAAGAAGGCAUAAAAAAGGAUUUACAGUCUACAAGGUUACGUCUGUUGUAUUUCCUAGAGGAUCACCUGAGGCAGUAACAAAAGUAGUAGUCUGGAAGAGGUAUAAUGAUUUCAAGAAAUUGCAUCAAGAACUCAAAACAAAACAUCAGAAACUGUAUCUACAGGAUAAGUUUCCAGUGUUUGCAAAAGCUAAGUUUUUUGGAAGGUUUGAAGAUGAUGUAAUUGAGGAACGGCAAAAAUGUGCUGUUUCCUUAUUAGAAUUUAUUGGAGCUCAUCCACCUCUCUUCACUAGCAACAUAUUUGUAAAAUUUUUUGAGUCAGGCUACUCUGUUGAGGAUGAGGGCAGUGACAAGGCACCUUCCACCCAGGAUCUAACCAUUACUGAUCCUGGAGGUGGUGAAAUUCUUGAACCCACUCUAGUACAUCCUGAACCACUAAGCAUCAAGAACAGCAGAACUCAUACUGAAGGUCAAGAUGGCAACAUGAGACCAAAUUUUGGACUGGAAGCAGAAGGUCCCAUGCUGAAACUAGGAGGCACGUGGCAGUUUCCUCAACAGGCCGACUCCAUCUCCUUGAGUUCGCACAGUUCAGAUGAAGGCACCAAUUUUACUGAUACAGAUUCCACCUCUGCUUUGAGUUGCAGCAGGAUAAGCUCACCACUACAGAGUGCAGAUCUGCAAUUUUUUGAUCCACUGCAGCAGACUCCGACCAGACAGCCAUUGAACAGCGAACAGAAAAAUGAGAGAAAAGUUCUCCACUCUGAAGUGAGUAAUAGUUGGUUGCUGUCUUUGUCACCUGGUCCAGAAAACUCACAAACUGACAUCAGUAUUGAUGGAGCAACACCACAGCAAAAAUUGUCACCCACCAUUUCUGAAGAGAAAAGUAUUCCUUCAGGGGAAGCAACAAACUCUAAUAGCAAUGAGCAAAGACAGUAUCCUUGGCAGUUGCCAGAACAAAAAUCUGUUUCCAGUCCGCAACAUGACACAAACAUAAAAUCAUAUUCCUCUCAAAUGGAAUCCCGAAGUCCUUGUGCAGCUAGGGAGGACUUUGAAGCAUAUCUGACAUCCCCUGGGACGCCAGGCAAUGUAACACAAGAGCCUGCCGGCUACAUCAUUGAGGCGGCUAACCAUGUAGGACAGGCACAACUUCAUGAAGCCAAGGGAGAGUAUGAUGCGGCAUUUGCAUUCUACAAGACUGGUAUUGCGUGUCUUCUGGGUGGUGUUCAAGGAGAUUCAAAUAAUAAGCGAAAACAAGUUGUUCGAGAAAAGACAGCCUGGUACCUUCUCCAGGCCGAGAAGAUUUACAUUCAGCAUUUAGCAUCAAAGUCUGCAGAAUUAUCAGUAUGGGAUCCGAAGUCCAGUAUGCAGUUACAGCGUCCACUGUCAGAUCUCCAGUUCUACAAAGUCUUAGGUGUUAUUAACACCAUCAUGUUGGUGUUGAACACACUGGAGGAUCGGUGCUACAUUAUGAAGGUGUUACACAAAUCGCCUUGUCCCGUAAGUGACGUGAAAUGUUCAAUUGUGCCUCAAGAUGUUCCGUACAUGGUGAAACUACAUGGAUACUUUGAGACUGAGUCAGCGGUGUUUCUUCUUCUCCAGCAUGCAAGUGGUGGCAAAUUAUGGGAUCAUGUGGGUUCGUAUUUCCAGUCUCUUCCACCAACCCCAGUACAUGACCUGACUGUAGGAAAUGUUUAUUUGGGAAAGAAAUUGAUAAAAGAUGAAGUCAGUGAAGAAAGCACCAACUUCACACAGCUUCCUGACAGAGAUACAGCUCCAACUUAUCAUACUAAAGAUGUUCCAGUAUUUGAUGACGCAGACUCUGUUUCUAGUCAAGACCACAGUUAUUUAGAACUAAUCCGUGAUUAUACUUCAGCAACAACAAAUAAACUGUUUGGAUUUGAUAAGGAAUUAUAUAAAAAUAGUCAGAGUAGUGUAAAAGUUCAGGGUAGCAUGCAAGGUGAUAAAAUAUCAGAUAAAUAUGAUUUUAACAUUGAGAAACUGAAUAGAGAAUUUGAAAAUAAUUGUUCUAUGUCAGAAUUCCGAGAAGAGGACAAUAGUUUGAACAACUUAGCAGAUACUGUUCAAACUUUGCCUCAGAAGCACGUAAAAAAUGCUACCAGCAACCCAAUACCAAAUGUUUUAUCGCAAGAAUCUAUAUUUCUUUUAUCAUGGAAGAAUCUUGAAAGUUUGGAUACAGUGGACUUGGUUGAAAAUUCCCAGAAACUCCUUGAAUCUGUAAAUAAGACACUGUACAAUAGUGAAACAGUUGCAAGUCGAUUACAAAAUGUGAAAGUUGGUAGUGUCGUUGUAGAACAAGAUAUGGAAAAAGGGGAUGGCAGAAGCAAGAAGAAUACACAUAUUAUUGCAAAUACAUUCCUUAAUAACUGUGACUCUAAUAUAGUAACGGAAGAGGAAGAAAAUGCUGCAGUAAAGGGAGGCAUAAAUAAAACCGUCAAAAUUAAAUCUGUAGUACGAUGUAGGUCGGAAGACGUAGCUACAACGACCAGUACAAGGAGGAAGGAAAGAAAAUUAUCUGCUGGGAGAAGACGUUCAGUUACAUCACACGCCAGAACGUCAUCAGAACGUCGUUAUAGUAAUGAUGAUGUAUUUGAGGGACAUGGGCGAGGUUUAUCUGGCAGUCUGGAUCAGACACAACAGUUUUCACGUCUGCAGUCCAUGAUAGAUCUCCCCAAACCCCGUCUACCUGAGGCCAAUAUCCGUAUGUGGGCAGCUGAAUUAGUUGUUGUGCUUGAUGCAUUACACCAGUGGGGAAUCAUCUGCAGGGACCUACAACCUGACAAUGUGUUACUAGGUGAGAAAGGACAUCUCCUUCUCACAUAUAUAUGUCAUUGGGAUGAUGUUGAUUCUCAAGUAAGUCCUGAUGCCGUCAAAAGACUGUACGCUGCCCCAGAGGUAAAUGGAAUUUUUCAGCUUACUCCAGCAGCUGACUGGUGGAGUUUUGGUGCACUGAUCUUUGAAUUGCUAACUGGAAAGUCUUUGUUGUCAUGCCAUCCUGGUGGUAUUCACAGCCACACGAUCCUCAACAUUCCAGAAUACAUAUCAGAAGAAGCAAAAUCAUUGCUCAAAGAGUUGUUGAGACACAUCCCUCAAGAAAGGCUUGGGGCUGGAGUGAAUGGUGUACAAGAACUGAAGUCUCACCCAUUCUUCAGUGGAAUAGAUUGGGAAAUGGUGCUUUCUGCCAGUGCUUCUACCUAACACGCCGAAUACUGGCACGUCCGACUUGUUGCUCCCGGCUGCUUGCAGAAAGUAGGGUUAAAAACACCUAAACUUAAAAAGAAAUACUGUUGAAGUAAUUCACAUACCUGUAUCAGGGAUGUUUAGCUAACACUUAAUAUUAUUUUUAUUUAGUGUCAUCACUAUCUAUCACUAUGGCGUAACCUGUAUUUUUUUGUAACUUUAUCCGAAUUAAUUCAGUUUGUAACUUUUAUUCGUAGAAUUGGAAUAAAUAGUCACCCCUGCCUCUCCUGUAGGGCACUCACUUCAUAUUGUGCUGGAUCACCUUGUAAAAUAUUAAUUGCCUCUGUGAAUUUACUGAGUGCCUGUCGGUAAUAAACGAACAGAUCGGAAAAGUCCUACUGGAGAUGAGUGGUCGUGUAGCAGUUUGCUUUCUGUUUAAUUGUUGCCGUCAUCAUGUUCUGUUUGACAUGCACGCUGUCACUGGAAUCACGUGCUAGCAGAAUGGAUAACAAUGAAGAAAUACAACAAUUUAAUAUUUUGUUAUUGUUGGUAAAGUAAACUUUUACUUAAGAUCAGAAAAUAAUGUUAAGUUUAUAAGAAAAUUACAGAUUUGGAAAUUGUUAAAAUUUCACAUGGUUUGAAAAAUUGAUGUGCAUGUGGUUAAGUUCAAUAUUAAUUUAAAGAAAAAAGGAAAAGCACCUGUUCUAACAAUCCAAUCAUGUCCUUGAAAUUACAGUGAACUUUUAUUAUAAAGAUUAGUUGGUACUAGUGACCAUGACUAAAAUAUAUUGCCCAAACUCAAUUGUCUUUCCUGUUGGUUAAUGGAUGUACAGUAGAUAAAACUGCUAUGUUAUCCUGAUUCUUCUUCUUUAUUACACUGUCUCCUUUGCAGGAGGUUGGCAACAUUGUAAACAGGAUCCUUCCAUCCUGGUAUCCUGAUUACCAGCACAUUAAACAAAUCAAAAUGGAAAUUUAAAAUACUUUAACCUAAAGUUUGAUGUGAACAUAUUUUAGUAAAAUAAUUUCUGACACGUAAAGUUUAGAUUAAAAUUGUCUGAUACAAGCCAGACUUCAUCAUUCUGAAUACAGUACUUUUUGAAGGCCUCAGUUUGUGGGCUACAGAAAUGUAAAGGUUAUGGAACUUUAUUUGUAUACCAUUUUAGUAAGUAGCAUCUACCUUAUGGGUUGAUUUUUAUCAAAUGUAUUAAUAAAGGUUUAAAUACAGUCUAUAUUUUAGCUUAAGGUUCUCUCAUGAGGGUAACAAUUGUACUUCUGUAAACUUACAUAUUCAUUUCUCCUUGAAAUGAACAGUAUUAUAUGAAGAAAUGGUUGUUGA